CUCACCAAACUUGCACAAUUUCUUAAGGUUCAUGUUUAGUACGAGGAAUAGUGAUCUGAAAUAAAGUUUACCAAAAUAAUAUUAAGGAUAAUCUCUUUUUGUUUAUAUUUUUGCCCAUUUUACCUUUUAUUUAAACAGUGAUAGAGGAGAGGACAGGGAGGAGAGAGGGGUCGCCGAAAGUGCGAAAGCACCACAUGUCGGAGCGCUGCCCAAUAAUAACUUCAUCGGCUCCGACGAAUAUAAAAAAAUGUUUAUUUCUUUUUGUGAAAUAGAAAAUACAGAAAACAUGAAGCCUACACGUUACACUAAAUUAACUGUUUAAUAACACUCCCUCUUAAUUUAUUUAUUUAUUUACUUCUUAUCACUUUUAUUAUUUUAUUAGUAGCCUAUAUUAUUUUCUUUUGUGGUUUUAAUGUAAUUAUAUUUUAUAUUGUUUACUUAUAUUAAUUGCGGGUUGUAGAGCUUGAAAUAUGUAUAAGUGUAUUUUAAUGCUUUUUUUAAAUGUAAGUACAAAUGUACACAAAAUAUAUAUUUUUUAAAUGUUAAUUUGUGUAAAGUUUUAAAUCGAAAGUCAUAAUAAACAAGCAUUAAAUGAGGUGUAAUGUACAUAUUGUUACACGUAUGUCAUUUACAACAUUUAUACAGUUAUUUAAAUGCAUGCUGGUGACAGUUUUACCUAAAUUUUAAUUAUUCUUUUUAAAAGCUCAGACUAAAAUGUACAAUAUCCGUUUAAAUCUUUCAAUAUUUCUCUGUGUGUUUGCUACCUUAAUUAAUUUCGAAACACUUUAAACUUUAAAGUUUGUAAACUGAUUUGUCUAUAAUAAAAACAAAUGUUAAUGUGUAAAACAGUUUGAAUCGGUUUGAAUGAAUGAAAUGCGAGAAUCUAUUCAUAGACGGACAUUUGCCGCCUUAAAAUAUGUUACAUUUAAAGUCAUAAGAAUCCAAUUUUUAUUUAAUGUUAAAACCAAGCACACUAAUACAAUAUUAAACAUUCCUUUUUGCGAACAAAAUAUAUGGCGAUUUAUUUAUUGAAGUCAACACAAAUAGCAAAUAAUACUGAAAGGGCGUGUAAAUAUUAAAUUAUUAAUACGAUAAUAUUUAAAAAGAUGUGAUCAUUUACUUUUCAAAUGUUAUAACAAAAUAUCUAAAGGGCGCUUUAUGAAAAAUAUUAAUUCUUUUAAUAUCCGUGUUUACUAUUGGACUGAAGAGAAUUUUAUUGUUGAAGACUUUUUAUCUGAUAUAGAAAAGAUAGACAAUUCCCGAUAUUCAUAAAGCAAUUAUAAAAAAUUAUAUAUAUGUGUGUGUGUUUGUGUUUAUGGUUUCCAUGGUUUAACUACAGUUAACAAUUUUUAAUGUUCGAAAGGUGACGCUGUAAUGCAGUGAUUAUUACGUCAAGUUUCAGAGGCUAUAAAAGACAGCACGCGCUUCAUUAUUUCGUGGGUUUUCAGUUCGGCGUGGUUUGGUUCUUGUUUACAAGUCCAAGGCGAUUUUCUGUGUUUUUCCUGGUUGUUUGUUUGUCUUUGUGUGUUUUGUUCGUCAUGUUUCCCGUCUUUGUUAUUGACAGAGGAUCACGACGAUUCCCUUCAGCGGAAGAGCUUUCUGCUGCUUUGAAUAACGGGUCGACUCUCCUGUUUGUUAAGGAGAAUCGGCCCGUUGUUGCAAUCAGCAGACCUCUAUCUGCUCCUGAAUUCACUGAGCCCUCCGUCCCUGUGUCACAGGAGGAGGUGCUCAGUGAACCGAGCAGUCCGCAUGAGGGAAACACAGUGGAUGCUGAGGUUUCGGUGAGGCCGUUAUCAACAGCAGAGGAAGCCUGUCCAGAGGAGAAGGCCAUGGUCAAGGUUGAAGACACUGAGGAGGAGGCGUCUUCAUCUGAUCAUGUGCUUUCUCCAGUGUCUGGUUCAGGCUCUGUCACCAGCUCUCUUACUGAAGGGAGUUCCUCUGUUGUGGACGACGAGCCUCCACUCAGCAUCCAACCAGUGCUGUCGCUGCCGUGGAUCGGUGAGGUGGUCCCCAUAGAGGACAUGAAGCCACCAGCUCCCACGAAAGGUUUUCCAGUUUGGAAAGACCUAGGGGACACGGUGGACCUUCAUGUCGCUCAUGAGGAGACCACACCACCAUCCUCCACUCAGGCAGCCGACACACAUCAGGGCGAUGCUCUCAGCUUUGUGAUGUCUGAAUUGACACCAGCUGAUCGAGCCGCCGCUCCCCCAUCUCCUGCGUUAUCAACAGCAGAGGAAGCCUGUCCAGAGGAGAAGGCCAUGGUCAAGGUUGAAGACACUGAGGAGGAGGCGUCUUCAUCUGAUCAUGUGCUUUCUCCAGUGUCUGGUUCAGGCUCUGACACCAGCUCUCUUACUGAAGGGUAACAUAAGACUUACACA